AUGCCAAGCAGUAUCUCAGCUGCCCUGAGGCAAACUGAACAUGCUCAGUUGGGCCACAUCGACUACCAAUCAAUACUGAAAAUUGCUGCCAUACUCAUUGUUAUCUACUGGUGCCUUGUAUGGAUCUACCGCAUCACUCUCCACCCCCUUGCUCAUUACCCGGGUCCGAAGCUCUGGGCAACCACCUGUCUUGUGCAGACAUUCUACGCUUUGCGUGGGGAGUUUGCAUUUAAGGUUGCAGAUUUACAUACCAAGUAUGGCCCCGUCGUUCGUUUGGGGCCGUCUGCGGUAUCUUACAUUGAUGAAAGAGCCUGGGAGGAUAUCCAUGGUCGACACGAUGGGCGGAAACAAUUGAAAAAGGCCAAGGAAUUCGUGCCGACAAGCCCUCCUAACGGAGCCCAAGGGUUGGUAUUUGUCAAGGAUGACAAUGCUCAUGGACGGCUGAGGCGAAACUUUUCACACGGAUUCUCUGACAAGGCUUUGCGUGACCAAGAGAAUAUCAUAGGAGGAUAUUUCGAAAAGCUUGUCGCAAGAAUUCGGCGAUCAAGUGAUGACCACAAGCCGAUCAAUAUGAUGAGGUGGUAUCAACUUACCACUUUCGACAUUGUUGGAGAUCUCACGUAUGGCGAAGAUAUUGGCUGCAUGAACGAUGAUGCACGCGACCUUCACAAAUGGAUUGAGAAUUUGUAUUACAUUGUGAAAGCUAUGUUCCUUCUCGGAUUCAUGCGAGAUUUCUUCCGUCUUGACAAGCUGUUGCUCAUCGUCAUGACGUCUGAUAAACUGCCCUUGAAGAAAAACAAACAUCGACUUAUGCUCAUAGAAAAGCUGAACCGUCGACUGGAGCGGAAAGAACCACGCAGCGAUUUCAUGGAGCAUGUCAUUCGCAAUCUCAAUACCCCGACAGGCAUCUCCUAUGAUGAGAUGCUCAUGACAUCGUCCAAUCUCCUCAUGGCGGGUGCCGAGACAACAGCAAUGACAUUAUCCGGUGCGACGUAUCUACUUUGCAAGAAUAAGCCUGCGCUUGAAACUGUCACUGCAGAGGUCCGAGAGGCAUUUGGAGCCGAUCCAGCAAGGAUCGGCAUGACCACCACUACUGAUCGUCACCUCCCUUACCUCCAUGGCGUUAUCGAAGAAACGCUUCGUUUGUUUCCUCCAGUUCCGACAACCCUCCCACGCGCCACUCCGCCUGAAGGUCAUUUUAUCUGCGGGAACUUCGUUCCAGGGAAUACACAGGUAUUCGUAAAUCAACUGGCUGCAUAUCGGUGGCCGGAGCAUUUCGCAGAAUCUGUGUCAUUCCGGCCAGAGAGAUGGAAUGUCCAGAACAAGGAACCAAUGUACGAGCAUGAUGCAAAGGGCGUUUUGAAGCCGUUCUCCACUGGACCACGGAACUGCAUAGGGAGACAUUUGGCGUAUGCUGAAGUUCGUACAUUGCUCGCUAAGAUUCUUGUGGAGUUUGAUUUGGAACUGAUGCCAGAGAGUAUUGAUUGGAUGCAAACUUUGAAGAUUUACGGUGUUUGGGAAAAACGACCACUGAUGAUACGGUUCAAGCCUGUGACUCAAAAGGGCCGUUGA